AUAUAAAUGUUCCACAUACUUCGACUAAAGAUUCUCCUGACGAAGUGCCUCAACUGUAAACCAGCACAAUGUCCGACGCUGCCGGAACCAACCGCUCCACCAAUUCCACCGUCCGCAACGCGACCAUCCCGAAAUCCCUCUUCGCCUUUGUCCGCGCCGACUUUGAUGCUUUCUUCAUCUUUACCUUAGUCAUAUGUUCCGUGGGCACGAUUCUUUUCGCACUACUUCUAGCCACUCUCCUGAAUCAGCGCAAACUCUUCCACGGCUCCCGCUAUCUCAUCAUGAACCAGCUGGUAGUGGAAAUGCUGCUGCUGGGCUUCCACCUCCCGGCGGCGGUCAUCGGGGCGUACGACGCGGAGAUCCACAACAGCAUGCGGGUGUUCUUCAACGAGAGCUUCUGUUUCUGGCAGACCUUCCUCUUUAAAUCCGCUAUUGCCAGCAGCAUGUGGGGGCUGUUUGCGCUAGCCCUGAAUCGAUUAAUAGCGGUGUGGGUGCGAACCCCGGGUCAGUACGAGUAUUGGUCCCGACCCAGUAUCCAGUGGGCGCAGGUCAUCUUCAUCUGGGUCAUCGGAUUUGCGUGCCAACUGUACUUUGCACUGUGGAGUUAUGCCGCGACCUUUGCCGCGAUAUUCCCGCUGCGGCAGUGCCGGACAUACGGGACAGUGUCGUUGGAUGUCGGGCAGAGUUUGGGGAUCUAUGUGCCGUUGGCCGGUACGGCGCUGGUGUAUAUGGUCCUCAUUGCGAAACUGUUGGCGCAUAAGCUGCGGAAGAAGAGAGGAACGGUGCAGGUUGGGCAGCAACCGGCACCCGAUAAAACGAUGGUUAACCGGCGUAUCCUACUGGCAAAGGUAUUGUGCACCACCGCCUUCAUCCACUGCGUUGCGUUCUUACUGUACCCGGUGUUUAACAUGGCCAACGGCGGCCGUCCCGUGGGUACCCCCGUCACCGGGCUGUGGUUCCGUACGGCGUUUCACAUUGGUCAGCUCUCGACACCGAUAACAUUCUUCGUCAUGAGCCAUGACUGCCGCAAGGCGCUGAAACGUCUGCUACAUUUGGGACGACAGGAAGAAGACAGUCACACCUACAUGUCGGGAGCGACAGGAGGAACAGGGCACAGCCACUCCGGGCAUAAAAAGCUACAGCACAGUCACGGAACUGCGAAAUCUGAUACAAAAGUUUAG